UUCUUCAUUGUUAGGGACGCGGUGGAAUGUGAUGGUUUGAUCUCCAGCGGGCCGAGGGAGGGGGAAAUAUCCGAGAGGAAACAACCGACGAAAGUGUUUCACGCCGAGGGGGGAGGCCAAAAAAACAUAUACCCCUCUGUCGUCUCCAGCUUCUCUGCGAGGAUAUGUGGAUGAACUUGUCCUCUCCGUGUCGGCAGCAGCAGCAGCGAGUCCGACCGUCCGCAUGAACUCAAACCGUGAGAAGUUGUGGAUGUACUGUCGUUUUUUCUCCAGCCUGCAGUGGGCUCGAUAAGGAUGGAGACUUUGGAGAGAAGAGCAUAACGUGAAGCACGCAGAAGGAUGCAUUAAAAUAUGACAGAUUUGCCUGCUGAACACGACUCUCAGAGGACUUCAAAGUUUUAAAGGGACAGUCACAAAAAAAAAAAAGAAAAAACACCGGAGGGGCCGCUUAGUAAAACAAAAACAAGAGUUUUUCUUUGAGCGCCCCCGAGGAUAUGACGCCAGUACCACACAAAUGUGGCCCUCCAAAAACGUUGUGAUCAAAUAAUCUGAACAGAAACACAGACACAACACAUUUAAGAUAAAGAACUACAGCCAUGUCUGACAAUAAAGACAUUACACAUCGCCACCUGCGGAACAAGCUUCAGAGUCUCGGCAGGAAACUGGAUGAACUGGAAGAAGCGACUAUCAAGCUGCAGAAAGCUGAAGAUGAGCUACUUGACCUGCAGGACAAAAUCAUCCAGGCAGAAGGCAGCAACUCAUCCCUGCUCAACGAUGUGGAGGUGUUGAGGAAGUGUCUCUUGAAGGUCCAGGGAAAGGAUGAGGAGGUACGCAAAGCCGAGGACCUCUGCCGCACGGUGCGAGAGAAACUGGAAGAGGAGGAGAGCCUCACGCAGGAGCUCAAGGCCGAGAUUGAACGUCUGCAGCGGCGGAUGGCUGAACUGGAGAAACUGGAAGAGGCCUUUGGGAAAAGCAAGUCGGACUGCAGCCAGCUCUGUCUGAGCCUCAACGAGGAGAAGAACUUGACGAAGAAGCUCUCGUCUGAGCUGGACGCCCUCAAAGCACGUCUGAAGGAGGUGGAAGGGUCGGAGACGAAGCUCGACAAAGCUGAGCAGGCUUUGGCUACGGAGCUCGAGAAACUCAAGGGGUUCACCCAGACGUUUGUGAGCGAGCGUAAGAGGCUACUCGAGAAACAGAGAGAAGACGAGAAGACCAUUCUGAAGCUCACUGAAAAAUUGGAGCACCAGAAGAACCGCCUUGGUAUGUCAGCAGACCCCGCUCGUCCAGAUUUCAUCAGGUCUCGAAUUGAGGACGAGCUCUCAUCCACGGGGCUCCUUACGAGUAAACUGGCAGGCCGCAAGAAGAGCAUUGACUACUUGAAGAUGUCCAGUGACAUCGGUCUUGUGAACAAAUCUGAGAACCAGAAGAACAGCAGCCUGGAAGGAUCGCAGGAGGAGGACAAUAAAGUAAAGGAGCUGACGCAGGAAGUGGAGCGGCUGAAGAACCGCCUUAAACAGCUGGAGAUCGUGGAGGAGGAUCUAAAGAGCUCAGAGUCCAAAAAUGGGGAACUUCUUGAGAAGUUCCAGGUUGAACGAAGCCGGGCUCGCCAACUGAGCGAGCAGGUGGAACAGCUCAGGACGCAGCUCUGCGGGAAAGGUGGACUAGGAAGAAAUGGAACCAGUAACGUGGAUAAGCUCGGCAACGGGAGCGCUAACGUCGGCCCCAGCGGCCCUGCUAAGUUCCUGGAGAACGGCAAAGCUGAGAAUGAAGAGAUCGUUGCGAAAGGCGGUUUCAGGCAAGAGAAGCCAAAAUAUAGGAGUGCCGCAACUGUCUCAGAACCGAGCUCCCCUAAACACAGGACCAGGGAGCGCUCUCCUCAGCACAAGAGAGAGACCAAGUUGAGGAGCAAAGACAUGAGCCACUCAGAGGACAGCUCUCCUAAGUCUGUAAGGAGAGCCCUCAGUCCUGCUCACAAGACCAGAAGGACGCCUAAAACCCCAACUACUGCAAUUUCAUCCGAUAAUGGACUAAGAGACGCAGGACGAGGAGCUGAAGAAAAGACAAGAGGAGCACCUCUCUCCUCUGUCAACACAUCUAGUGAUGCUAAAAAAGCGUCUGUUCUUAGUCGCUACCCCCCAGCAGCCAACGACCAGAAGCCCCUGAGGACGGCUCACAAACACGCUGAUGGGGAGACUAAAAAGAGCAGAUUAGAAAAGCUUUCAAAAUUAUAUGUUGGCAGUGAUAGUGAGUCAAACAACUCUGAUGUAGUGCCCGAAAGUUCUAGUAACUUAAACAGUAUUUCUGCUUUGGAGAAGGACACGGCCUCUGCUUCAGAUCAGGAAUCAACAGAGCAGGUGCAAGAAUCUGUCUCCGCUUUGGUCGCCUCCAACCCCUCCAAAGACAAUGGAUCCUACACAGCCUACAGAUCCCAAGUCACUCCACUUCUGCCCAGCGACCAGGGGUCAGAAGGUCAUUCAUCUGCCUCUGAAACAGAAUCAACUGGUUCAAGGCCCUCUGAGCCAGAGCCUAUAACUGAGACGACUACUUCAACUGUGAGCAGUAGGACCGCAGCCUCGAGAUACCCUAGAUACUCCCAUGUCCAUGACUCGCACUCAGAGGGUUCUUCAUCCAGGAGCUCGUUUGAUGAAGAGCUGCACAGCAGAACACCGUUAGCUGAGGGAGGCCACCAGGGGGCGACGCACACAGCAUCAGGGAUUGAGAUCCAGCGAGUCUGCAGCCCACGGGAGGCGCUACGGUCCAAAGCUGUCAUCAAGCCGGCGAUAGUCGAGAUUGACCGGAAGGAAAUGAUGAUGUCAGAAGCUUUGGCGACAAAUGGCAAACCCAAAAUAUCCACCAAGCCAAUGGUGACCACCACGAGUAAAAUGACCAGUAGUAUAACCAUCUACCCCAACGACCCAAGCUCCUCCAGAACCAGCAGUCGCAGCAGCAGCGUGUCCAGUGAACACAUGCCGAUCAAAGAACGCCAUACCUCCACCAGUAACAUCCUCAUUGGUCCCAGCAGUGAGCACCAUGGCAGCAUCUCCAUCCCCUAUGAGAUCUCUAUUCCUAAGAGUGAGAUCACCAUGCGAUCAUGCCAGGAUCAGGACUGUGGGCCAGAGGGCCUCAGCGAUUCCUCAUCCAGGUCCAAACUCCACAACGCCUCCAGAGUGGAGACCACGACCAGCAACCUGCGCUGCAAACGCAGCAACUUUAGCCUCCAGUCCUUUGACGGGACAUCGGCAGACUUCAACGACACCGAGUCAGGCUUCGAAAGCAGCAGCAGCAGCAGCACCACCACGGUCUCCAGCUGGAGACGCCAGAGGCAGACCCAGCACUCCCAGGAAGACAAUUUACCAGACAUGAAGAAUGUGACUAUGAGGAGCACGUGGAGGAACAGGGGCCCUGCGUCGAUGGAUGAGCCCAGCCGAGGGAGAGGGGAGACGAGGACGAUGGCUGAUGGUGGGUCGGAGGAUGAAACAGAAGCCGCAACAACAUGGAGGGCUUACCGGGCAACCACCUUCGAUACAGAAGAAACAAUGAGCAGCUCAACAGGAGCCGGUGGGAAUGCUGAUGUGCAGAAGGGAGCCAAGCCGUCCCCUGCAGAGGUGUACAUGCGUCGGAUAAACAAUAGAGAUGUAGAGGAGCCAGGGCUACGCCGUGCUAAGCGCGCACAGUCCCCCAGCGUGGAGGCAGGAGGCCUGGGAAGGGUCAUACCCCACGCACCUAUUACCUCUCAGUCCUGGGGACGAUCAUAUACACAACAACAGGCUUCGGAUGGCACAGAGCCCGGUCUCAACCCGAGCCACAGUCCGGCCUCCUGGAGGCGGCAGAUUCCCGGCAGCGACGCUCCCCACCUUGGGACCUCUUAUGACCGAACGUCUAAGACAGCGGGGGCUUCCUCCAGAGGGGAUCUGUGGUCCAGUCGAGGUCAAGGGUCAGGAGCCAGAGCCGAGGGGAGGAGUGCAGCGGGGAGCCGGCCGUGGAGCCAUCGGCAGGCUGAACAUCAUUAAAGACUGACUUGGAACAGAGCAGGACUUCUUCAGCAAAUAACAGCAGCACCCCAUUACGCUCUCAAUGGCACAAGGAGGGGCCAAAACAUCCGUCUCCCAUCAACUCAUGGCUUCACCAUCUCCAAAAAAGUCAACAUCUACUGCUUCUAAAGCGAGCAAAAGAAAAGAGAAAGUUGCAGCCAUAUAGAACAACAAAACCACAGACAUCCUUACUGCGACCCUGAGAAGGUGGACCGCGCUCUUCCUACCCGGAAACAGUCUCUGUCCCCAAAGAGACGUGAAUGGAAAGACAGUGCCUGUACAGUGUUUUUUUUGGGGGGUUUUUUUUUGGAGGUCUCCUCACCAGCCCGUGUAUCCUCUUCCGCUUCUCGUGUCGGAUGUAUUAUAGUGUAAUCCAGAAAAAACUUGACAAGGGAGAGGCUGGGAUGCUGAGGGGACAUGCUGCAGAUGUUCCUGCAUGCCGGAGAGGAAGAAGGGACUCACAAGGACCAUUACAGUGACCUCAGAGGAGCUGGAUUUGAGAAUAAUCAGCGUUUAUAUAUCACGGAACAUAACAACCCGAUGUUGAAUCAACAGCAGUGUGAUGUUUUUAAAAAAACAGGGAUGGAUCACCGAGCAGAUUUCUUCACAAACUAAAGGCUCUGUACCUUAAAUGUGACCAAAAAACAGGAAGCGAAUUACCAUCUUAUGCUAAGCUAACCCAUCAAAUUAACAUCACGUUUAACCGACUUGAUUUGCUUUCUUGUUCAUUGGUGUUAUUUUCAGGUUUUAAUCGCACAUAUUUACACUAAACCAUAAGAAACACACGUGCAGAACUCUGCGGUGUGGUCGGUCCCCGCUCUCUGGCAUGCAGCCUCAAACUGGAUCCAAUUUUGGUGAUUUCUACGAUGUUGAGCAAACAUUUGCAUGUUUCUGAGAAGUGAAUGAAAAAGCACUUGAAAGGUUGUGACUCAGCAUGCAAUUAGCUUCAAAAAUAACCGCUGCUUGGCUGCAUAAAAGGAGCGGAUAAUAACUGACAAUCUUUUUUUUUUUUUUUUUUAAAUGAUUUCUGCCGUUUUCACCAGGUGAUUUUUUUUUGAUCCGUCGUAAUUCGCUUCCUGUUCUGCAUUUAUCCUCUCCCUCCCUGCUCGACACAUAUCAGGACUAAAAAAAGAGUCAUAGUUUGCACGCCAAGAAAUGCAAUGCACAUGUAGAAGAAGAAAAAAAAAAAGUAGGGACAAGGGGAAGGGUGUUGCUUAUAACCUCAAAUCAUGCUACAGUAUCCAUGGUGCUUUGUUUUACAGCUGAUGCAAUCGUCCUCGUACAGAAAGUGUAUUAUUAGAGAAACGGAUUCUCUGUUUUAGCAGAACGUUUGGACUUCACAUUACCAGCAAACCUGGCCUGGCGAGGGUGGACAUCUUUCUCUUCAUCACGCCAGCCAGUCAUAGGACACACAAGACUUCAAACCACAGAGAGCAGCCUGUGCGUGUGACCGGGUUCGCCGUGCGAAUCGUCUCAUCUUUUCUUUUCCUUUUUUUUUGAUUGAGAUGUAUUAUUAUGUUAAUAUCGACUCGUGGUCGGUAUUUCAAACGGGGGUGCCGUCGAGAAAAAAGAUUUAGUAUUGGCCAGUAAUAAAAUGUUUGGUGUUUUUUUUCCGUCGAGGUAAAAGGUGCAUAUCUCGUUUAUCACGUUCUCUCUCUCUGAUGUUUGAGGCUCCUGCUGAAACUUUACACUCACUCGCAGUGCGACAGACUUUGUCAACUUCCCACAGCUUCAUGUAUGAAUGUUUGAUGCUGAAUGACCAAUUGCUCGAUGGCUUGAUGAAACUCAACUGCGUUCUCUCUCCGUCUGUCUAACAAGGCGACGGCGUGCUGUAACCGAGAGAGGACUCGUCUGCUGUUCUAGAUUUCAAAAUGCUGUUUGUAGUCGGGAAGGCCGCUCAGUCUGAGUACAUUUCUUAGUUCCGCUGUCUGUCAUGUGUUUUCCUCUCUGCAUACAUUGUGGUUCUUUUAUUGUGAAGGGGUCUGUCAGGUGGCAGGUUUCCUGUUUGUCACUGAUUCGUCUUUAAAGUCCAAAUAUAAGUAUCUGUAUUUUGUCAAUAGUUUACCCAGUUUCUGGAAACAUCCUCUGGGACUUCUCCUAUGCCUUCAGAUACAAUAAGAAAACAAAGAGCAGGAAUCACAUCCUGUUCUCUUCUGUGCAGAGAAACGACAUGCAACACCGGCCUCGAGCUUCAGCUUUCUAUUCAUUUCACACUUGGAGGAUUGUCGAGUUGAACAUCGUAAAAAGUAUUUUUGGUUUUAGCGUUUUAAAAAAAAAAUCUCACUGAAGGAUGUCGAGACAAAAAUUCACUGAGAUUGUUUCUAUCCCGACUUCAAAGCAGCCUUUAAAAAAAAGAAGAAAAAAAGGCUGCACCGCCCUAAAAGCAACGUCCUCUGGAUGUGUCUGUCAGCGGAGCAGAAAGGAUUGCCAUGUGGCCUCUUCACUGCCGGCUUUAUGAUGGAGCAAAAAACAGAGCAGACAAACUGUUCAGAGCUCUCAGUGCUCGUGCCAAGACGCUCUGUGCUCCCUCUAUUAUUGUUUCUGCUGCCAUGUGUUUUAUUUACCAAGAGGGACCGCCAUCUCUUCUUGAGUCUCCCAUUUUUUUUCCUCCCGAGUAUUUUAGAGAAGUCAAGUCCCCCUUCCUUCCUCUCUUGGAUUUCCUGAAUGAAGUUCUGAAGCUCGUUUUUGGUUCAAAAGGUUUUUUUUAUUUUCUGUCACCAGACUGUGAUGGGCAGCUCCCGGGGAAAGCUGAAAGGUCUGAGGUCAUGGCUGCAUCUAAUCCUGUCUCUACAUCUUGACUCAGGGCUUCUAAAUACAGCAGAGAGGGAGACGGACGGCUUGGCAGCGCUGUCCACUUUAGGGAGAAUUAAAACAAGAGACGAGAGUGUAUCGAAUGUCCUGCGCUCAUGCUGCCAGAGAUACAUGUGGUGUGGACGUCCAUCUGUGUGUGUGUGUGUGUGUGUGUGUGUGUGUGUGUUAUUAAUAUGCGUGUGAGGACUCUCGUCUUAGAGCUCCACAUCUCAACAGGUGAUGUUGUGAGCUGCUGCAGAUCCCCAGAGGCCACUGACUGACAACUGUGCACGAGUGUUUGUCACAGUGGGAAUGCAGAGAUUUCUAAAUAUAUCGGAGGAUGACAUCACUGUGAAGUCAGGAUGUCUGUAUUUAGCAACUCAGUGAUGCAAGUGCUAACACGAACGCCCUCCUCGACCUCCGCCUCCCUCCACCACCUGUUCCCCCCCACUGGCCAGAAAAAAAAAAGAUCAAAUCCAACCUGCUGACAAUCCUACAGUUUCACUUUUCCAUUCUGCAACACUGUGCAGCAAGUCUUUCAUUUAUCUCUUCUAUACUUUCCUCCACCGGUCUGCUUUUCUAACCCCUCUCUCACCCCUGUAGGGAGUAUUUGAGUCAGGUUUUCCCAGGAUGAGUCCAGCUGUCGGAAACAGUAGGUUUUAUGACGCGUUGGAGGGUCUCCCUCCUGGAGAACGGCUUCAAAGAGAAAACGCAGCAAAAUGAAACUCCAUCCUCUGCUAUGCACGCUUCUGUUCUUCUUUACAACGCCCCCCCAAAGAACACAAACACCCAGCUGUAACGUCCACUGGAAACCUGGCUGAGCUCUUGUGUGUCACACAUGUUCGAGGGCUGCAGAAUAAUACUCACAUUUUAUUGGUCGCGAGAGCGUGCAAAGUGUCGACACAGUAGAAUGUAGUAAUGGGUCAUCAAGGAAUCAAGUGAUGAUUUUACAGAUUUUAAGACUUUAUUUCAGAUCGGUGGUUCCCCUCCUUCCUGAAUCAUAAAUCUUGAAUCAGAGAAUCGGAGCAGAAUAUUUGGGACAUUUCUGUGAACGAUGAACGUGAGGCUGCUUCCGCUCCCCCCCCCCCCCGUUAACUAAACUAGAGAGUGAACUUCCAACCUCUUAAACUCAGCCUGUGUUUGCAUAAACAUCCGUUAUUGACAAGUCAUUGUUUUGCCCUUGUUGUAAAGUAGAACUAGAAUGUACUUAGUGGAGAUUAGUGUGGCCAGGUUGUUGGGCAGCGGGCCCUUUUUUUUUUUUUAAUUCUGAAAGGCCUCCAUUGUGAGGUCGGGGUCGUGGUGUCAGUGGGUGUCGUAGGCUGUAAUCUGCACUUAACCAGCACUUAACUUUAAGACCUCAAACGACUUAUGCCCCCUUAGUCCCCUCUGUCACAAAGUCCCCUUCUUCUUUUUUUGUUUUGUUUUCUUGAACCAGAAUUGUACUUUAACUGUAUCUCAGAAGCCGUUCGCUGAAUGUACCACCGUCUUUCAGAAUCAUCUCAUCAAGUUCAGAAAAGGAAAUUGGCGAAUGCAAACCCCCCCCCCUUCCCCCGUUGUUCCUGCAUCUCAGCCUUCUAACAGCGUGCCAAAAUCAUUCCACAGUAUUUCCAGUUUACAGUCCGAGGCAGAGCUGAUGGAUCUCUGCCUCUAUAAGAUGCUGAAAAAUAAGGAGAGAGAAAAAAAAAACAUUUUAUAAGGGUUGUCUCUUUUUUUUGUUUACUUCUUCUUCUAUGUUUUUAUUUCAAAAAGAUGUCUUAUUUUGGAAGAUAUAUCGGAUAGAUUUUUAUUUAAGGAAACUCUUGUAAUUUUGUAAAGUGGGCCUUAUUAUUGAACUAUAUUAAGUAUUUGUCCAUCCUGAUUUUAAGAAAUGAUUUUUUUUUUUUGAUGUAUCUUUUUUGUUCUCACACUCCUGGAGAGUUCUUCUUCCUGUGUUUUUUUUUGUUUUUUUGUGUGUUUGUUGUUUUAAUGUAAGACAUUUCUCGUGACCUGGAGACAUGGGCUGCACACUAACAGAUCAGAGAGAGAGGGCUCGUGUCAUAGUCAUCCAAGAAUGAGAGUUAUGUGCGGGUUUUUUUUCAAGUCGGAGGAGAGCCCGGUGUGCAGCGCUGAGAGGUUCAACAUGUGUUCAUGCUCAGCGCUCCGGCCUGCUCUGUUCUUCCCUCGCUCAUAAAUUCAGGGUUCGUACAUCUUCUGUGCUGUAUGUUUGUAAGUGCUGCCAAAGAGAGAAGUGUGCAGGCUCCAGAAACACAUGUGUACAUAUAUAUCUAUAUAUAAACGCACACAAGUAAUCUUAUAGGAAUAAUAUAGUAGGAACUAAAAAAAAAAUGACAUCUCAUUUCUCUUACAUGCACAGACACAAGAACUUCCGGCCUGUACAAUCAACAUUAGUUUAUUGCUGAGGGUUUUUAUUUUGUGUGCAGAAGAAGAGGACACACCGAGGUGUCAAACAAACUGUGUGUGUAAAGAAAUCGCAUCAAAAGGGUUUUUAUGAUUUUAGUUUUGCUUCUCUGUAUGUCGGAAAAGACGCUGUGGGGGUUUUUGUUUGAUAUCUUCUUCUCCUGUUUUUUUUUUUGGUUUUUUUUAGACUUAAUCCAUAUUGCAUGUUUUAACCUUUCUGUGUCUGGCGCACUCUGCAUGUAGGUCUCUCGAAGCUGCCAACUGUACAGCAAAAACCCAUAUGUAUUCCAAUAAAGAAUAAAUACAAAACUGUUUGUAA